AUGAGGGCAUGGAAAAAUGGCAUUACAGACCAAUAUGUGGUGGACAAGAUUCUGAGAACUUUGACUCCAAGAUUUGAUCAUGUGGUUAUGGUUAUUGAGGAGACUCGUGAUUUGGAGACCUUGGAGAUUGAAGAACUACAACAUUCAUUGGAGGCACAUGAAUAUCGUAUUAAUGAGCGAAGACACUGCAAAGAACAAGUGCUUCAGACAAGAUCUCAAUUCAAAGGCAAGGAAAGGUUCAAGAAGGGCGGCAAAGGUGGCACUAAGCAGAAGGAAUCACAGGAACAACAUAGUGAAGAUUCUAGUGAUUAUGUCAAAGGCAAAAAGAAAAAAAAAUCUUGUACCAAUUCUGAUGGAGAAAAAGAAGGGAAGUUUGAUAAUCAAAAAAAGUCAGAUGAUGCAAUUUGGUACUUGGAUUCAGACUGCUCAACACAUAUGAUUGGGAAGAAGGAGUGGUUUGUAAAACUGAAAGAAGUCAUGCAAGGGAGGAUCAAGUUUGUUGAUGACAGAAGUCUCGCAGCAGAGGGAACAGGAAGAGUUGUUUUGAGAGAUGGUGAUGGUAGAGAAGUUGUGAUUGAUGAAGUUUUGUAUGUGCCAGGGUUGAAAACAAAUCUGCUAAGUCUAGAUUUAUCUCAACUUAGUCAACGUGAAAUGGUUAAAGGCCUACCUAUGGUUGAAAUUCAUGAAGAAACUGAAACACCUGGAGAUAGCAGGUAUUUAUUGUUGUUUGUUGAUGAUUGGACUAGGAAAUGUUGGACAUACUUGCUAUCAAGGAAAAGUGAGGUGCUGAAGUUCUAA